CCCGGAAGCGGCGGUGGCGGCGGGAGCGGGAGCGCGGCCGGUGCCGUGGCCAAGGCAGCGCCCAGGACCCCUGACCCCACCCUUGGCGAGGGCAGGGUGGGGCAGGGCGGGGCCGUUCAGGUGUGCGGGCCCCGCCCCGGCGCCCCCUGCUGGUCACAGGUGUGGCAGAGAUGGACCCAGCGAGGACAGUGGACACGGUGUUCCCUGGUUGUCACCACAGUGGGGAGGAUGAGGAGGAAAGUGUGACAGCAGUGGCAGCCGUGACAUCAUCUGUGUGUCACCCUGCUUCGAAUGAGGAGGAGGAGGAGGACAAGGAGGUGGCUGCAGUGGUGACAGCCACAAUGUCCCUGGGGUGCCACCCCAGUGAGGAUGAGGAGGUGGCAGUGGGUGUGACAUCCCAAGGUGGGCCAUGUGGCCGGGAUGAAGAUGUGCUGGCACCAGCCACAACGUCCCAGAGCUGUCAUGCUGGUGAGGAGGAGGAAGAGGUGACCACGGCGGUGACAACGGCAGUGACAUCCCCCGGCAUGCAGCUCAGUGAGGAGGAGAUGACCAAGGCCACAAUGUCCCCAGCACAUCCCCAUGUAGGGGCUGAAGAGGAGGUGACAGCAGCGGUGACGUCCCCAGCAUGUCACCCUGGUGAGGAAGAGGAGGUGACAGCGGCAGUGACAUCCCCAGCAUGUCACUGUGAGGAGAAAGAGGAGGAGGUGACAGCAGCGGUGACAUCCCCAGCGCGUCACCGCAGUGAGGAAGAGGAGGUGACAACGGCAGUGACAUCCGCAGUGUGUCACCCCAGAGAGGAAGAGGAGGUGACAGCGGCAGUGACAUCCCCAGCAUGUCACCCUGAGGAGGAAGAGGAGGAAGCGACACCAGUGGUGAUGUCCCCAGUGUGUCACCCCAGUGAGGAAGAGGAGGAGGUGACAGCAGCGGUGACAGCAGCAGCGGCCACGUCGGCCCCGGGCGGGCGGCGUGGCGCGGACGAGGACGUGGCGGCCGCGGGCUGGCGAGCGCGGCGCAAACACGUGUUCGUGCUCAGUGAGGCCGGCAAGCCCAUCUACUCCCGGCACGGCAACGAGGAGGCGCUGGCGGCCACCAUGGGUGUCAUGAUGGCCCUGGUGUCCUUCAUCCAGAGCGGCGGCAAUGCCAUCCGUGCCAUCUGCUCCGAGGACCGCACGCUGGUGUUCGAGCAGCGGGGCCCGCUGCUGCUCGUGUCGGUGUCCCGCACACGGCAAUCGGCGGCGCAGCUGCGGAGGGAGCUCGCCUUCGUUCACGAGCAGAUCCUGUCCCUGCUGACCCGCGGCGGCAUCGCCCGAGUCUUCGCUCGCCGCCGUGGCUUCGACCUCCGCCGGCUGCUGGCGGGCGCCGAGGCCGUGCUGGACCGGCUGCUCUGCGGGGCCGCUGCCGAUGGGCGGCUGCUGCUGGGAGCCGCUCGCUGCCUGCCCUUGCCCGGGGGGCUCCGCCGGGCCGUGUCCGGGGCUCUGCGCCGCGCCGCCGCCGCCGCUCGCCCCGCGCCCGCCCUGGCCGUGCUGGCAGCCCGGGGCCGCCUGGUGACAGCGGCGCGACAGCGAGCGCUGGCCGAGGGCGGGCGGCUCUGCGCCAGCGACCUGCACCUGCUGCUCAACCUGCUGGGCGGCGGGGCGGGCGCGGGCGAGGUGUGGACCCCCGUGUGUUUGCCACGUUUUAAUCCCGAUGGGUAUUUCUAUGCGUACGCGGCGAGGUUGGGCGAGGAGGAGGAGGAGGAAGGCGGCGUGACGCUGAUCCUGCUGUCCACGGAGCGGGAGGGUUUCUACGCGGCGGCUGCGUGCCGGAGGCAGCUGGAGGACACGCUGCGGGCUCAGGGAUGGUUGGCCGAGCUGGCCGCGGCUGUGCGAGGGGGAGCGGGGUACGGCCCGUCCCGCCCCGGUGCCCCCGAGCUCCGGCAUUUCCUCUACAAACCUUUGGAAGGGCCGGAGGAGAUGCAGCAGCUGCCGCAGUUCACCAGCCCCGAGCUGGAGGAGCCCUACACCAGCGAGGAGGAGCAGCACCGGCUCUUCGACCUGUACCACUACCUGCACAGCCGGGUGCACAGCCCGCACCGGCCCCUGCGCCUGCUCUACCAUGUGGCGGAGAAGGAAACGCUCCUGGCCUGGGUGACCAGCAAGUUCGAGCUGUACAGCUGCUUCAGCCCGCUGGUGACGAAGGCGGGCGCCAUCGCCGUGCUGACCAAGCUGCUGCGCUGGCUCAAGAAGGAGGAGGACUGGCUGUUCAUCCGCUACCCGGCACCGUUCUGUGCCGCACCUGCGCGCCCCGAGGCGCCCGAGCCCGAGGGCUGACAAUAAACACUGAGACCCUG